AUGAGCAUUUUCGUCUUCUCGAAUGAAGUCGAGUACAAGCGGAAAUGUAACCCGAUUUUCCUGUUGUUGAGUACUCGUUUUACUCAAAGAACUGUUGACUUGGUUUAUGUGAUAAAAAGCAUUUUCUGUCUUAUUGCUCUGAUUUUGAACAUUAUUGGCAUGAUGAGGGCAUUGUCGAUCAUCGAUCUCGAAGAAUCGACUUAUGUUUUUCUCACAGCCGACAGUCUAUCGACGAUUUUUCAAUCAACUUUACAAUUAAUUUAUGCCUGUGGGAGUGCAAAAACAUUAUCUUGGUUUCCAUCUAUGCUUUCAAGCUUGUUUGACGCACUUCAUGGUGUCUACAAGGAUCACCUUGGAUCCGUUAUGAUCUUUUCGCUAUUUGGCAUCUCCCUGAAUCUCUACACAGCCUUCACAUGUGACAAUCUCCGCAAGAAACAAUGGCAACAAUACUCGUAUUUCCAGGCGCUAAUCUUUGCAUCAGCUGGAGCUGCUUUAUCAAUUUUGCUAAAUAACGUUGAUAUCGGUGCUGAUUGGGAGAAUCAAUCGUUUUUCCAAGAUCUUCCCUGGUACACGAUUCUUUAUGGAAUGUACUCGAUUCAAACCGGCAGCAAUUUUGUCGUUUACAGGAAAUUGAAGGAAUCCCAUCACACCCCAUUGAGAGUGAUUUGUUUGGGUAUCUCGAAACGGUUGUUGGCGAUCGAUCUGAUGUACUUGAUCACCAAUCUCAUUUUAAAAACAAUUGGAGUGCUGUUGCGGUACACCGAUUAUCAAGAUUUCUGUCAAUUUCUAGUGAUUCUCAUUGAUUUUUUCGAUAACGGCUUUUAUUUGGUCGUUGUUGGUCUGCUCACCAUUCUCUUUGUCCGUCAACCGGCUCCAAUCAAACCGGGCGAGCAGCAGCCACUCAAAAUGCCCUAUUCGCCCGUUGCGCAAAAGAAAAAUAAGAAA